UCGGUUUUGCAGAUUCCUUUGCUCACAUAGACUUGUUACUUGUUCAGUUUAGUGAGUUGUUACUUGGAAAACAGUCACACAAGUUUUGGUCAAAACGUUUCCAUGCAUAACUUAGAAUCCCAGGUAAACACUGUGAAAAAUGGCUCCUAAAAAGAAAUGGUCUAAAGGAAAAGUGAAAGACAAGGCUCAACAUGCCACCGUCUUUGACAAGACCUUGAUUGACCGUAUUAACAAGGAGGUUCCCGCCUUCAAGUUUGUUUCUGUCUCUGUCCUUGUCGACCGUAUGAAGAUUAACGGUGCUCUUGCUCGUAUUGCCAUUAAGGACUUGGCCGAGCGUGGUGUUAUUAAUAAGGUGGACCAUUCCUCUAAGCAAUACAUUUACACACGUAUUCCAGCUACUGCAUAAGAUGUCAAAAAUUUGUUGAAUAAAAUAGAGGGAAUUAAGUAUAAAUGAUGCGUAUGAAGUAUGUAUAAUGCAAAGUAGUUUGUAUAGAUCCUAUAAAUACUUAA